AUGGGCCGUGCCAAGCUCAGUCGCCUUCUCGGGUUUACUAGAUCCCCGCUUCGCCCCACCCCGGUGGUGGCGCCCUCCGAAGUCCCGGCUGGCUUCCCGCAGCGGCUGUCUCCGCUCUCGGCCGCCUACCACCACCAUCACCCACAGCAGCAGCAGCAGCAGCAGCAGCAGCAGCCGGGGUGACUGAGCCACGGUUCUUACCUGCACCACUUCCCGGCCCGGGUGGUCGCGAACCCCCAUCAUAGCGGCUCGGCCCCGGCCCCCUCCAGUAAGGACCUCAAAUUUGGAAUCGAUCGCAUUUUGUCUGCAGAAUUUGACCCAAAAGUCAAGGAAGGCAACACUCUGAGAGAUCUGACGUCCCUGCUGACGGGCGCGCGGCCGGCGGGGCUGCACCUCUCGGGCCUGCAGCCCUCCGCCGGCCAGUUCUUCGCGUCUCUCGAUCCCAUUAACGAGGCUUCUGCUAUCCUCAGUCCCUUAAGCUCCAACCCGAGAAAUUCUGUUCAGCAUCAGUUUCAAGACACGUUUCCAGGCCCCUAUGCUGUGCUCACCAAGGACACCAUGCCGCAGACCUACAAGAGGAAGCGCUCCUGGUCUCGGGCGGUCUUCUCUAACCUGCAGAGGAAAGGCCUGGAAAAAAGGUUUGAGAUUCAGAAGUAUGUGACCAAGCCAGACCGAAAGCAGCUGGCCGCGAUGCUGGGCCUCACGGAUGCACAGGUGAAGGUGUGGUUCCAGAACCGGCGGAUGAAGUGGCGGCACUCCAAGGAGGCCCAGGCGCAGAAGGACAAAGACAAGGAGGCGGGAGAGAAGCCGGCAGGCACAGCGCGGGCUGCGGACGGUGAGCAGGAGGAGCGGAGCCUCAGCCGCUCAGAGGGCGAGGCCGAGAGCGACAGCAGCGACUCCGAGUCCCUGGACAUGGCCCCCAGCGACACGGAGCGGACUGAGGGGCCUCUGAACCAAGCCACGGUCAUCAAGGCUUCGGCCGCCAGCAGCGGUGGCGGCAGCGGCUGCGGCGCUGGCGGCGGUUUCAGCUUCAGCAGCCUCGGGGGCGGCACCACCACCGCGGGCAGCGCCAGCAGCCUGGGCGGCGGAGGCGGCAGCGCCCCGGAGUUGCUCCCCGAGCCCCAGGCCGCCCUCGACAGCGCGCCGAAGAGCCCGGAGCCUGCCCAGCCGCCGCUCGGGGGCCUAUAGACUGGACGAGGGUGGAGGGGCUUCCGGGCCCGGGGUGCAGACGCCCAGCCUUCCAGCGUGGCCGGAUCUUGUGCCUACUCUAUGGUGGCGCUGGGGACAGAGCCGGACGCAGCAGCGGAGCCUCCUUCCCCACGAUGGCAUCUCGCCCCCUCGCCGGCCGCCAGGUGCAGCCCACACCGCACAGAGCCCAGGGGAGCCGCAGCGGCCGCCAACGGAAGCUUCUCCCAGAUACAAGCAGCUCACACCGAGCUCACGCGGUGACUCCAGUGACUCAGCAGCUCCUCCUGCCCUAGGGGUCGCCAAGACUGCACUUCGGACGCCACAGACUUGUAAAUAAAAUGUUUACUACGGUUUGUAAA